AUGUUGAGCUUCCACGCAGCCGUGACGGCUACAUCCAUUCUGGCUCUUUCCAACAGCAUUUAUGCUUUUCCCAGUGGCUAUAGGUUGCUACACGAGCGUACCACUACUGAAUACCCUUUAGUCAAUGCCAAUAUCACCAUCGGAAAGGAAAUUUACGUGGAAGAGGGCGAUACCGUCUGGCAGCUCGCCCAAACCUACAACUUUGGCGUCUGCGAUCUAGCACGCAUAAACGGCCUGGCUGAUCCAGAUUUUAUCUACCCAGGAGAGAAAUUUCUUAUUCCCUCCAUAGCGGCUCACCCAGAUGACUACUCCUGCCUGGAUCAGAACAACACCGAGACAACCAACACAUGCGUUGUUGGCGGUCCACAUGUCUACACGACAAUGCCUGGCGAUACACCUCAGAAAAUUGCGAAUGCGCGUUAUAAUAUCACGACUGAUUCGAUCUUGUCCUACGGGGCACAGACGGCCUAUAUUGUCGACUCGAACCCAGGCCCGUACACAGAGCUGGAAUCUGGGCAGCUGGUGAAGAUUCCCCUUUGUGAGAACACUGAGUGUAUCCUGCGCACCUUUGAGUUUCACUAUGGCACCUUUGUCGAUGUUGCUCGGGAGUUUGGAGUGACUACAGGGCAGAUUAUGUCGCUGAACCAAGGCUUUAACCAUAGUGACGGCCCCUACACGAUGAAUGCAGCUUUGACGCUGACCACCAAUUGCACCUAUAUGGAUGAUUCUUGGUAUUAG